GCCGCCGCCGCCCGCCCGCCCCGGAGCAGCCCCGGGCCCGCCCGCCCGAGUCCAGAUUUUUAAAAAAUACAAUGUCUAAUGGUUAUGAAGACCACAUGGCCGAAGACUGCAGGGAUGAUAUCGGGAGAACGAAUUUAAUUGUCAACUACCUCCCUCAGAACAUGACCCAGGAUGAGUUACGGAGUCUGUUCAGCAGCAUCGGUGAAGUCGAAUCUGCAAAACUCAUUCGGGAUAAAGUAGCAGGGCACAGCUUGGGCUAUGGCUUUGUGAACUACGUGACUGCCAAGGACGCGGAGAGAGCGAUCAACACGCUGAAUGGCCUACGGCUCCAGUCAAAAACCAUUAAGGUGUCGUAUGCCCGCCCGAGCUCAGAGGUCAUCAAAGACGCCAACCUGUACAUCAGUGGCCUCCCAAGGACCAUGACCCAAAAGGAUGUGGAGGAUAUGUUCUCUCGGUUCGGGCGAAUCAUCAACUCCCGGGUCCUCGUGGAUCAGACCACAGGUUUGUCCAGAGGGGUUGCGUUUAUCCGGUUUGACAAACGUUCGGAAGCAGAAGAGGCAAUUACCAGUUUCAAUGGUCAUAAACCCCCAGGUUCCUCCGAGCCCAUUACAGUGAAGUUUGCAGCCAACCCCAACCAGAACAAAAACAUGGCGCUGCUCUCCCAGCUCUACCACUCGCCGGCCAGACGGUUCGGAGGCCCCGUUCACCACCAGGCGCAGAGAUUCAGGUUCUCCCCUAUGGGUGUAGAUCACAUGAGUGGGCUUUCUGGUGUCAAUGUCCCGAGCAACGCGUCUUCGGGCUGGUGCAUCUUCAUCUACAACCUCGGGCAGGACGCCGAUGAGGGGAUCCUCUGGCAGAUGUUUGGCCCCUUUGGGGCGGUCACCAAUGUGAAAGUGAUUCGCGACUUCAACACCAACAAGUGCAAAGGCUUUGGCUUUGUGACCAUGACAAACUAUGAAGAAGCCGCCAUGGCCAUAGCAAGUCUGAACGGCUACCGCCUGGGGGACAAAAUCUUACAGGUUUCCUUCAAAACCAACAAGUCCCACAAAUAACUCGCUCAUGCUUUUUUUUUGUACGGAAUAGAUAAUUAAGAGUGAAGAAGUUGAAACUUUUUUGUUAGUGUACAACUCAUUUUGCGCCAAUUUUCACAAGUGUUUGUCCUAGUCUAAAUGAGAAGUGAAGAGGUUUUUAUACUCGGGGAUGCAACCGACAUGUUCAAAUGUUUGAAAUCCCACAAUGUUAGACCAAUUUAAGUUUCUUAAGUUAUUUCCUUUAAAAUAUAUAUUAAACAGAAAUCUAAGUAGACUGCAUUGACUCACCAGUCCCUCGGGACGGUGGUGAACCUGAAGCAUGCUUUACCCUCUAAGACUGUCUAACACUCAUUUCAUUCGGUGUCUCCACAAACUGGAUUUAAAAAAAAAAAAAACAAAAAAAAAAAAAACAGAAAAAGGAAAAAAAAAAAAACCAAAAAAAGAAAAGACCUGACCUUUUAGUUCUAGUUUCCAGACUAAAGAUGUUAGACAGAUGCUGAGUGUGUGCUUUCCUCAGCCGCUUCACCAUUUUUAAGCGAUUUCUGCUUUUGGUUGACGGGAAAUUGCUUUCCCGAGCAGGUGCCAUCGCCACCUCCUGCUCCCUCAGCCCCGGGCCCUGCAGGGGUGCCCGCCUUUGGGGGGGGGGGGGCCGCCGCUGGGGAAGGGGGGCCACACGUUGGGCCCUCCACGGAAGGACUCGAACAGGUCUCCUAAAGCCCAGGCGCCAGUGGGAACGGACCAAAGAGUUUCCGGGAAACUCCAGUAUAUUCCCCAGUCAGACCUAGCUCCCGGCACGCCCGAGGAUGUGUUGCUACCCUGACAUCCCGCAUUUCUGUCCACACACGGCAUGCACGGUGCCCCGCACAUCGGACACCGGCGUUCCCCAUCGUUUCGCCAGUCCCCCAGAGCAUUUCACACGGCGCAGGUGCGGAAGACCGCUCCAUAUUUUACGACCCCAGAAACAUUUGAGCAUUGUAUUUCUCGCAUCCCUUCUCGUGAGCGCUAGACUUCGUUUUGUUUUGUUUUGUUUUCUAUUUUAGUCGGAUUUUGUUUUGAAACUUUGCUUUCGUAUGAACACUCAGCAGAAAAGUACUUACUUCUUGCCAGUUAUCUAUUAACAACAACGAGAGAAAUACCCCUUUGAUUUGUAGUUUUAAAGAUUAACCCUCCCAAGUUCUCUUCAUAACUGCCUUGACAUUUUGGGUUGUUCUGUUCUGUUAAUUUUCUUUUGCUUUUUUGUGUUUUUUGUUUGUUUUUACUUUUGCAUUUAAGACCAUUAAAUUUGAUUUUGUUUUGCUCGAAUUUUGUUUUGUUUUUUAUUUUACCUUUUCUUUCUUUUUGGCUAGGUAAGGUACAGAUGGCCAGCAUUCAGGGAGGAUUUAUAAGUCCUUAAGAAACAAAAACUUGCCUGGAGACCAAGCAUUUGCACAUCUGUGACGCAGGAGUGCACAGUCACAGAUGGCACUUAGUUUUAAAACGGGGGAGCCGGUAGGGAGAGGCAGAGAGUGAGCCUGAGAAGGGGCAGGGCCAGAUCUCCAGGCACCUCAGGAGUGUGAGCUGACUUUCAUAACUGUCUGGUGUUUAGAGAGGACCAGAAACAGGGGAACUCAGUACCAGCAGUUUUUAGUCUCUACAAAAGGCUAAAAACGGGUACCAGUGGGCAGUUUUCAUUGAUCGGUAUCAUGGAAUUGCGGCAUUAUCUAUCUAUUUAUCUACCUGCCUACCUGCCUAUUUAUUUAUUUAUGUAUGUAUGUAUUUAUUUAUUUAUUUAUUUAUUUAUUAAGUGGAAAAAAUUGGGCACAGCCUUCUCCAGAGCAGGUCAGUGUUCUGAGAAGCCCCCGGACAGUUUGAGGCUCCCCGUUUCCCUCAGACUCCGUUGAGGGCCUGCCGACCGCUUGCAUCGUCCUCCCCAACUUGAGAUGUUGCCGUGUUCUCUUCCCACAGAAGGGCCAAGUGCAUACCUUGAGGCCUUCUCAUGAGUUGGCCACGUGCCACGGAGGACCUCCCCCUGCCCCAUCUCACCCCCAGCAGAAGUUUCCAGACCCUGAGUCAAAGCCAGCUUACGUGCCCCCUUCUGGAACCCAGAACCGAGGCCCGUUUGUCUGGAUUUGACAUAGAGUGGGUCCCCACUCUGUCCACCCCAGAGCGCCCUUCACCACAGACCGGGAUGUUUUCCUGGAAGAAUAUGCCUUUCAGGUUGCGCUAGCCUUGGGCCAAGCAUCUUCUCUGAGAAGGUGAGAUUCCCAAUUCCGAAAGUGACCCUUCGGUCUCUUCCUUGACACACAUUCCUGCCUGCCCUCACUAGUGUUGGAUUUCUUACUCAGAUUCCCGUCGGAAGCAUAAACUGUGAAAGACAGUGGGCUCGAAGCCAGCACUGGCAUUUCCCUCCCCUCCCUGUUAUCUGGACCAUAUCGAUUAUUCUGAUGUUGGCACUGAGGAGGAGGAGGAGGAGGAGGAGGAGGAGGAGGAGGAGGAGGAGGAGGAAAUGAGCCUUUGAAAGCAGCCCAAGGGGUAAAAUUGUCCUUUUACGUGGUCUCCACUCUUUAAACAGCCUUCUAGCUAAAACCCCAGUGCAUUUCUUUGGGAGUGUUACUUUGCAAGUUGUGUGGAAGGAUUUCACUUUUGACAUGUGACUUAACCCUGAAAAGCAAUUGUCACUCCCAUCGAGGUACCAGAUGUUGGCCCUGUGUCCGAAAAGUCCCAUUAGAUCUUCCUCAGGCUUGUUUGCAAAAGGAAGAUCCCAUUUUUUUAAAAGUCAGGAUCCAAAAGAAACUUUUUUAAAAAAAUUUUUUACAUAGAUCUAUCACAUUUGUAUUUCGCAAAAUGAGUGCUCUCCUUUUAUUUGGGAAUUUUGAUGAAAAAGAAUAAAGAGUAGAAGAUGUUAAUUUAUCGAAAGUUUGGUUUGGUACACAAACACCAAAGAGGCUUUGAUAGAAUUUUCUUUUGGCCUGCGUAACUUCCCCUGAUAGUUGUUUGCUGAGAAGCUCCCAGAUUUGUGAACCUGGUUCCAGUUGAAUUACUCACUUUUUACGCUCUGGCUCUGCCCUUCUUUAGUUUUUCAUUGUAAUAUGCCAAGCUGUGGUUUUCUACGCUGGCUGUGCCUCUAGUCGCACGCCCUGUGACUGGGUUCCCCUUCCCCUUCCCCUUCCCCUUCCCCGCCCCCUGCCCCCCCCCCCCCCGACUGCCACCAUCUUGCUAGAAUAGCUGCAAGACUGGGCUUUCCUGGCCUGUGGGCAGAUGGUGCUGUGUGGGCUCCACCUUCUUUGUUCCCCGAAGGUGAGUCUUUUCCCUUUGCCAAGGGCAGCUGCCUUAACCUUUGAGAGUCUGCGCUUGGCGUUAGUGCUGGAAACCCAGCGCGCAGGGUCUGGACCGUGCUGCUGUAGGGAGCUCUCUGAGCUGGCAGCCGGGCAGGGGGCGGUCCCUGCUGGAUCAGACAAGUCGAUGAACCUGAAGACGGUUCCUGGCAAAAACUUGUCCUGGUUUGCUCCCACGCUAGGACUGUUGACCGACCCCCAAGUCUGCUGUCGGACUUGAAAAUCAAAGUUAACGUCACCUAGCUGUUGUGUUUUCACAUCUGAUCCAGCCUGGCUUUAUUUCUCUGUGCUUUUUGCAGCCUCCCUGGGUUGGAUGAGAGAAAGAAUAAGCUGCCAAAGGUCUAUCUUCCCCAGCCCUCCCCCUGAAACCCUUCCCGCCUUCCCAGGACCUCUGGCACCUCUGGGACCUGAGGCAGCUCCUCAGGAAACACCUCCCGCUGCCCGUCAGAUUCCCAGGCCCAGCCCCCAACUCAAGUCCCAAGUGCUUGCCGUUGAGUGGCAUUGAUAACUGACCCUCGCUUGCAAUAGCCGUAGAUAGACCCUGAACCCCGGACACCCGCCCUCCCCGCCACAGCCCCCCUGUAAGGUUCACAUCUCCCAACCUUUUCAUUUGCCUCUGACUUCUAAUGAUUGUAUCGCAUAUUUUCCCACAGCCUUUUGGGGACAUAGUUUUUCGUUUCCCGCUUGGUCAUUACAAACAAACAAACAAAAAACCCAACAAGUUACUCGUAGGGCACCGCAGGGACCCAAGUUAGGCUCACGGAUGGUUCGAGCAGCGGCUUUGCGAGGAUUGUGUUGCAUUCCGCCAGGAGACCAGGCUCGACCGCUGGGCGGGGCCGCCUCUUUACCAUGUAACGUUGCGUUUACAGUGACUUGCUCUGGGGGGCGGGGCGCUUGACCAGCUGGCUCCCGUGUUGUGCAGUAGACGGGCAGACGUUUUGUAUAUUAGCGUGUUUUAAGUUAUUGAUUUGUUUUAUAUGAAAUAAUUUAUUUUUCAGGUACCAUCUUUCCUUUUAACUUUGUUUUUACAUGGGUUUGUUUUCAAUAAAGUAUGACACUGCUGUCCAAAAGCCACCAAUAAAACGAAUCCCCUUGUGUUCUUUUGAGGAAUGUUUAUGUAACUAGCUCUUUUUUUUAUUAUUUUCAGGGAAAAACAAAAAACAAAAACAAAAACAAAGCCCUUCUCAGUUCUCCCUCUCCCCAUUUGCCUUUUUAUCCUUGUGAAUAAAUGUUCUUUAGUGUUCUAGGAGGAAAAAGCAAACCUAGAUUUUGAUAAUCCAGAAGAUUUCAGCCUAAUAAGGAAGCUUUGAAAGAAGACCGUUUUUCAAAAUUUUAGUGAAGUGUGACUAUUUUCUGUCAACCGCUUUCUUGAAGAGAGUGACACUUUUGCACCAUUUUCAGAGUUUUUAUAGAGAUGCCAAAUUGAUAUAUUUACAUGUAAUGGAAACAUGAAAACGUUUUAUUAAACAAUUGUUCAUA